CACACAACCAUUCGUUCAAUGCCUUUCAAGUGAACACCUGCUCAUAGCGCUCAGAUGGCCCUUGCUCCGGCAAAGCUCAGCCCCACCAGGGCCGAAAAUAUCAAUCAACUGUGCUAUCUCUGCAAGUCCAUCAAGUUCCAGCUUCACUUCAAGGACGACUGUGCGAAGAAAUUGUGUCCAAUAAAUCUGUGGUAUUCACUCAUUGUCCCUGAACCCAUCACCGUUCAUUCCGAUGUCUUCCCCCAUCAUAUCGAUUUCUCCACCCUCCGUACAUCUGCCGAAAGUGGGUGCCAUCUAUGUACCUUGUUCCUCUCAAGUUUGGCUCGCGAAUCCUCACAGCCAAAACCUCAUUUCAAUGCCAGCCGUUUCCCGGGCUCCCAAAUAUCCCUUGUCUAUGGAGCUACAAUGACUGGUAAAUCGGAGCUACUCCAUGUGAUAUAUCAAGAUAAGAGCGCAGAGCUCGAUAUUGUUAGCAUCCCUUUAACUCUCGCAGCCACCAAAGACCUGUUUACUCUUUUCGUAGCCGUCUCACACACUUCUCGGAAGUUUCCUUCUGCGCCCAGCCCACCAAUCUUGGCUGGUUAUCCUCUUUUGGAAUACCAGCCGAACGAUGAGUUCGAGAUACUUCACGUUUGGAAUCGCUCCAAACCUCUCUGGUUAGCCCGUCAUUGCACUGAUGCGGACAAACCUAUCGGGUGGAUCAAACCAAAGCAUCAUAGGACCCUCAAGGAUCACCCCUCUCUCAAGAUCACCAGACAACCCCCAGUGUGGGAGUUUUGUAGGAUUGCAAGGCGAGAGCGGGCCUAUCUUGAUGUGAUCCCAGAUUCCGAAGGGAUAGUCUCUCAAAUCCAAGCCUGGGUUGGCGUAUGUGAAAGUUCUCAUCGGCCAUGUUAUCGCGAAGCGGAACCCAAAUUGCCCCCAAGGGUCAUUGACGUUGGAGCUUUCGGCCAAUUCAAGGAACCUGUUCUGAUCGAGACCAACGGCGAGCGUGGGAAGUACCUCGCUCUGAGUUAUCGCUGGGGCAAGGCUAACACUUUAUGCACAACAACCAACAAACUCGCAAAACACCUAUCUGCUAUUCCUCUCUCGAGCAUGCCCCAAACAAUGCAGGAUGCGGUUAUAGUAACCCGGAAGCUCGGCCAUCGCUAUCUUUGGAUUGACGCCUUAUGCAUCCUGCAAGACUCGAACGAGGACUGGGAAUAUCAUGCAUCCCAGAUGCACAUAAUUUUCGCAAAUGCGUGGCUCGUCGUUUCCGCCGAUGCUGCCGGGAGUUGCUCCAGUGGAUUUCUGACACCAAGGAACACUUUAGAGGUGGCAAGCUGCGAGCAUCCAUCUCUAUUUCUUGACUCGUCGGCGCGACCAAAGAAGGUGAUAUGUCCUCGAAUACCGCAUGCCCAAGACGCGAUCAACCAGAGUGUUCUCAGCACUCGCGGGUGGAUAUUACAAGAGCGACUUCUUGCGAGGCGGAUUAUCCAUUGGACUCAAUAUGAGGUUUCCUGGGCAUGCAACGAGCUUGAAGCGUCGGAAAGACAACCUGCUGGUAUCAUUUCCUCUGCAGACGACCGUGAGCCUAGAGUUGUUGCAGACUGGCGCGAUCUUCGACACACUGUACAACUCGCUUCCCCAACUCGACGCCACGCCGGAGCGAGUUUUCGAUGCCCAAAAAACUCAUUUUACAAGCUCGCCCAUCUCAUCCCAGAAGUUAAUGUUGAUGCUUGCUGGUAUCAGCUGGUGGAAGAGUACAGCAGACGAAUUCUCACCAGGCCCGAAGAUAAACUACCAGCCAUUUCUGGACUUGUAAGGUCUUUCCGCAAACAACUCCCAUACCGCACUCGAUACGUGGCAGGGAUGUGGUCUCAUGACCUUCCCCAAGCGCUUCUUUGGCGACGAGACUUAACCAGCUCCACCCAGAAUUUCAUCCAUUCUUCCGAAGAGUACAUUGCUCCUUCUUUCUCAUGGGCGUCAUGCCCAGCACCUGUCAAAUAUAUGCCCCGGUAUUCGAGCCGAAACAGUCGAUUUCCCACCCAAGUCCUUGGUUUUCACACCACUCUCCGUGGUACUGAUGAGCUGGGUAUGAUAUCGAGUGGCUGGUUGAAACUCCGCGGACCCACCGUUUCUUUCUCCACUUUGCAUGCGGGAUGCCCUCAGCCUCCACUUGUGUCCGAUCAUCAAACUGGCUUGUUCCUCGACAGUCCAUCCUCAAUAGCGCUGCCAAGUUCUGACAUCCUCGUUCUCUCGGUACGUAACGGGCGCGGGAGGUCAGGUUCCAGUAGCCCUUCACCGUUCGGUCGUUAUGCUUGUAUUCUGCUCGCCCCUGUCGGAGAAAAACGGCAGUAUAAGCGAGUGGGCUACUACGAGCCGGAGCCAUAUCUAUAUCAGAGUAGCAUGAAGCGGUGGCACGUCACAGUUCUCACGAUUGUGUAAGAGCGAUCGUCUAGACGGGCCUUUAUAAUGUGUAGACGACCCCAGGAUCUCCAUUUCUUGUAGAAACAGGUCGCCGCUUUGCAUUCAGUCUCCAUUCGAACGCAAUUUAAAGACUGUCCAGACGAGAUCGACUAGAGGACUUUUAAACAGAUACAAAAGCAUCCGCGACUCGCCAUUUCCUAUAAGUGAAACUUCCGGACGACCAUCUUUCAUCUGCUUACUUUAAUCUUGCGUAAGUUAGGGUUAAAGAGAGACUGCCGGAUGAAGAUAUGCAAUCCCUGGACCCCUCGUUC